AUGCCUGCUUCCAAACUCAGCGUCAGCACCGUCCUCAGCAAGGCACUCCACGGCCAAAAGUCAAAGGGCUCCUCAAAGACUAGUCCCCCUCUUUCCGUUCGAAUAACAGAGCAAAUUCCAACGGAAAUCUAUGAGCUCAUGAUGGACCAUUUGGAUGAUGUCCCAUCUAUUCUUGCAUGCAAUCUUGUGUGUCGCACGUGGCAUCCACGGAGCCGCGAAAUCCUUCACCAGCGAACGGCUUGUCAUCCUGGUCCCUCCAAGUUGAGACCUGCCACCAUCAGCUGUGCCGCUCCGUACCUUGACGGCGGGGUGAUAUAUGGCGCUUUGGAUGGGGUUUAUUUUGCGAGCAGCGAUGGCUCUCAGAAGCGUCUCGCAUCUCUGCCCGAUGUUGUUCAAAUCGAGUUAUUCAUCGACGUCGAUCUUUUAAUCUGUAUCGCCGAUUCACAACUUAUUACCUUUCCAUUGCGAGCAUUGGUCUCCAGCACUUAUCAAGAGCUAGACGUGGUCCGGAUGCAAAAGCCUAUCAUUAUGAUAAGUGUUCUCCGAAGCAAAAACCUGGGAGAGCGCCAUCGGGUUUGCGCGGUCCGGAAAAUACCAAAGAGCGCACCGACUUUCAAGUUGUUUGACAUUGUGUUCGCCAAUGACUAUGCUCGUCUCGUGGAGGACUCCAGUUGCUUUAUUGAGCAGCAGGUCACCUCGGUUCACUUGUGCUCGAGGAGGCUGUUAGCUGUCGCCAUCGAGAAAGCCCCGCCACAACACAGUGGAUUCGAUGUCAUCAACAUUGGAAAUGCAGAGUCGCAACCUUUCCUCGACUCGAAUGAUCCAGCUUUAAAGUUCGUAUACAAUACGCGAGAGACCGGAAAACCUAUCGGCAUAUCUCGAUUUGGCGAUCACUUUCUGGUCUCCUACUCAAAGUUGGGUUUCCUUGUCAAUAAACUCGGUCGCUCGUUGGACAACUUGGUGAAGAUCCAGUGGAAUGGAACACCAUCAUCUGUUGUCGUGCAUGGGAAGCAUAUCCUCGCACUUACUCCCGAGUACAUUGAUGUAUGGCAAUUCGGACCUACUGAGUCGACAACGCCGCAGCUUGCCCAACAGGUCAAAGGGUCAUAUGCUCUUCUGAACGACGCAUCUGAAGAAGCGGUUCUGGUAUUGAAUAAGAAAACCAAAGAUGUUGUGGAACUCGAGUUCCAUCACGAAGUUUGCCAGUGA